CCCCGUGGGGAUGGCGUAUAUCACCACCACCACCCCCUUUUUUCUCCAACCCACCAUUAAAAGAUGGGUUCGGUAUUCAGUUUGCUCGCCAGCUUGGCUCCGGCCUCCCUCGAUAUAAGACGUUCUAAUGCACCAGUCGACGAUGGUCAGGCAGAGAAUCAGGACAGGGCUGGAACUAUAAAACCACUCUUGGUGAUUUUUGGCUCGGCCAAUCGAGCAUGGAACACCGAGAAUUGGACAGAGGUCUCGGACACGGUCCGCGGAGGCCAGUCGAAGGCAAUGUUGAAAUACCUCGACCGAUCCGACCGGACAGCCGGGGUGAGUUUGGAAGGCAUGCUGGACACGAAGACCUUAGGAGGAGCGGGCUUUGCCAGUCAGGUCUAUCGGCAUCCGAUCUCGCUGCCUAUGGCCGACCGUUACUCGGCCUUCUUCCUCGAAGUGGAGCCGGUUGAAGAGGGCCAUCAGGGCUUGGUGCGCACGUUCACCUUCGGCGCCAGAGAUCGACCGCUCGGCUCGCCCAACGAGUCCGCACUCACCUACCAAUUCGACUUCCAGCUCCCGGCCCUCGUGACCGUCCAGAGAGACUCUGCCUCAACUAAGCUCGACCAACUCGUCAGGAUUUCGAUCCCCUUCAACAAACUCGUACCCACAUUCCGGGGAAGACCUAAAUCUGACGAGAAGCCCUUCGACCCCCAUCAGAUCACCCAGAUCUCCUUCAUGGCUCGCAGCUUCUUCAACCAUCAGAGCGGCCCGUUCCUUCUCAACAUCCGCAGACUAGGCCUCGAGUAGCCCCAUUCAUCUUUCUUGUAGAACAACCAUAAGAUCAAGGCGCGGGUCAAGCCGAGGUCGUGAUGCGCUUGUUGCACUGCUGUUGAUGAUUGCAAAAACUCAUAUAUUUCAUGAGGCCAAAAAGAUAUGUAUGUACUACCACAAACAAUAACUAUUGAUCUCAAGAGGCGCGAAUCGAUUCAUGUCCAUCGCUCUUCAUCUCGAUCUGAGCACUUUGGAUGAACCGAUUUCCUCGGAUUGUACCUCAGUCUUAUUUCCCUUGCUUUGAGACGUCUGAGAGCAAGGGAAGGGAGAUGUGACCCUUUCAUCCCGGCAUCAAACAAUCCACACUGUUAGAUGGCCGGUUUGCUUUGUGGAAACAGGCCACAUGUGUGCUCAAGUCUUUGCGUCCGGAAUAGUGGGAUUAUAGAGCCAUCAUCAGCCCCGGCUUUUGUUUUUGUUGGUGAGAAUACCUACAACCAAGAG